AUGGCGGUGGAGCACCACGAGGAGGUCCACGAGGACGUGGCGAUCAACAGCGACAUGAUACAGGAAGAGGUAACAAUGCUGUUGCGUGGCAAGUUCGCGCAGGAGUCAUGGAAUCCGCGCAAAGUGGACGGCUGGGUGGACGACGUCAUUGAGAGCGUGUUGAAAAAUCUCGCCGACCUCAAGAAGCCGUUCAAGUACAUCGUUAACUGCGUUGUGAUGCAACGAACGGGUGCCGGCCUCUCAACUGGUUUCAUUAGUCUUUGGGACAACACCCUCGACGGUGUCGUGCACGUGCCGUUUGAAAACGAGACGAUGCACUGCCUCGUGACGGUGUUCUUCCUCAAGCUGGACUAA